AAAACCGCCGCACCCGCCGGGCCCAGCAAUGGCCUUCAUCCUCUCUCCUACUCUGGGACGUCCUGCUGCCCCGCGGCUCCCUGCCCUGCUCUGUCCCAGAUAAUCCCACUGGUCCCCUCGCCGCACAGAGCCACCUGAAAACCCCACGCCUGCCCUGCACUUUCCUGUCGGUGCCGCAACCAUGUCCCAGCCACAUGAUUUUGGCAACGUGCUUGCUCCUCCCAUGUACGAGAAGGAUGACACGAGCUCCGCUGGGAAGAAGAGCGACCCGGAGCUCAGCCCACUCGACCAGACACCCACCAUCCACGAAGGCCAGGAAAAGUUCAACAGGUUGGGAUGGAAGCGCCUGACCAUCUGUCUCAUCGUUGAGGCCAUUGCUUUGGGAUCUUUGAGCGUGCCCAGCGCCUUUGCCACGGUUGGCAUGGUCGCUGGUGUCAUCCUCACCGUUGGGUUGGGGUUGGUUGCCAUCUACACCAGCUACGUCGUCGGCCAAGUCAAGUUGCGACAUCCAGAGGUCCAGCAUUACUCGGAUGCCGUAGGCUUGAUCUGGGGGCGGUUCGGUUACGAGCUCACCGGAGCCAUGUUCGCAAUCUUCCUGGUCCUCUUGGUUGGCUCCCACGCUCUCACGGGUACCAUUGCCUUCAUCAACAUCGUUGACAAGGAGAACAUGUGUGCCCUCGUCUGGGGAAUUGUGUCGGCCAUCAUUCUGCUUCUUCUCGCGUUGCCGCCGACCUUUGCCGAGUUCGCCAUUCUUGGAUACAUCGACUUUGUCAGCAUCAUCGUCGCCAUCAUGGUCACCAUCAUCUCUACCGGAGUCCAAGCGCAUAAUGCUCCGGGCGGCCUCGCGGCUGUCAACUGGUCGGUAUGGCCACCACCAGAGACGACUUUUUACCAGGCAUUCCUCUCAACCACCAACAUAAUCUUUGCCUACUCAUUCGCCAUCUGCCAGUUCAGUUUCAUGUCUGAGAUGCACACUCCCAAAGACUAUGUCAAGUCAAUCUGGGCAUUGGGAUUGAUCGAAAUCUUCAUCUAUACCGUGACCGGAGCUCUCAUCUAUGCCUUUGUCGGAAACGACGUGAAGAGUCCCGCGCUUUUGUCCGCCGGAACUACCGUCUCGCGCAUCGCCUUUGGCAUCGCUCUGCCCGUCAUCUUUAUAUCUGGCAGCAUCAACGGCACCGUAGUCGGCCGCUACAUUUUGGACCGAGCAUUUCCGAGAUCGCCAAUCCGAUACAUCAGCGGCGUCCGCGGCUGGGUUGUGUGGGUCUCUCUGCUAACUUGCCUUACGCUUAUUGCGUGGGUAAUUGCAGAGGCUGUCCCCUUCUUCAACGCGCUGCUCGGAAUCAUGUCUGCGCUGUUCAUUUCCGGCUUCACCUUCUAUUUCCCUGCGCUCUUCUGGUUUAAGCUUAUCAAGAGGGGCAAGUGGAACGAGGGCAUGCACAACAUCUCUCUGUCAAUCCUGAAUGCGUGCGUCUUCAUCAUUGGUAUCAUCAUCCUCGGGUGUGGUACGUACGCUAGUGUACAGGACAUCAUAAACCAGUACAACGGCAACAGCGUGAGAAGUCCAUUCACCUGCGACUCGCACUCGUAUACGUAAACGUAGCUGUGAGCAGCACGCGAUCGUCCUUGUCUCUAGAAUCAAUCAAUAUGAGUUGUCAACCCAGGCUUCCUACUUACACCUCGAGUGAUGCUCCAUGCAACGUACCUGGGAGAAGAAUGGCCGUGGGACUAUUGAAGAAACACAUUUCCAGCCUUGCUUGUUUGAUGGCGAUGAGAAGAGUACGGUAUCUCGAGUCGUGUGGACG